CUCCCAGAGCACAACGGCUACACGGGAUGGGGUCAAGUGCUCCCCGGGAGGAGCUCUCCUCGCCUCUCAUAUUCCCCGCCCACGACGAUGGCCACGGCCUGCCCCUGCAGGCAUCGACGCCGCUGCCUCCCGUGGCCGCCGACGGCACAGCUCACGGGACCAGCGGGAAGCUGGAGAGCAUACUGAACGACACCUCCAUCCCUUGGCUCCGCCGCGUCGGGCUUGCCUCCCUGAUCGAGAUGAGGCUGCUCCUCUCCCUCGCGGCGCCGGCCAUAAUUGUGUACCUAAUCAACUUCGUCAUGUCCAUGUCCACCCAGAUCUUCUCCGGUCACCUCGGCAAUGUCGAGCUCGCCGCCGCCUCCCUCGGCAACACCGGCAUCCAAAUCUUCGCCUAUGGCAUCAUGGUAACUACUAAGCUAUCUGAGGUCGUGUGGCAAAUAACGCAUGAAGAUCGCAUUGACUGUCCGCAGCUAGGGAUGGGGAGUGCCGUGGAAACGCUGUGCGGGCAGGCGUAUGGCGCCCACAAGUACGAGAUGCUCGGAGUAUACCUCCAGCGGUCGACGGUGCUGCUAAUGGCCACCGGGGUGCCACUUGCGGUGAUCUACGCCUUGUCGCGGCCGAUCCUGGUGCUGCUGGGGGAGUCGCGGGACAUCGCCAGGGCGGCGUCGGUCUUCGUCUACGGGCUGAUCCCGCAGAUCUUUGCAUACGCCGCCAACUUCCCGAUUCAGAAGUUUCUGCAGGCACAGAGCAUCGUGGCGCCGAGCGCCUACAUCUCGGCCGCGACGCUGGUGGUGCACCUGCUGCUGACCUGGGUAGUGGUGUACAAAGUCGGGCUGGGGCUGCUGGGCGCCUCGCUGGUGCUGAGCCUGUCUUGGUGCAUCAUCGUAGGGGCGCAGUUCGUGUACAUCGUCACCAGCCGGCUGUGCCGCUCCACGUGGACCGGGUUCACCUGGCAAGCCUUCUCGGGGCUGCCGGAGUUCUUCCGGUUGACCACGGCCUCCGCAGUGAUGCUGUGCUUGGAGACGUGGUACUACCAGAUCCUGGUGCUCAUUACUGGGCUGCUGAAGGACCCGGCGUUGGCCCUUGAUUCCCUCUCCGUGUGUAUGGGCAUCAAUACUGGGAUAUUUAUGAUCUCAGUCGGAUUCAACGCCGCUGCAAGCGUGCGCGUAAGCAAUGAACUGGGUGCCGGGAAUCCCAAGUCGGCGGCGUUCUCGGUGGUGGUCGUCACGGCGGUGUCUUUCGCGGUAUCCGUCAUGGCGGCGAUGAUCGUCCUCAGCCUUCGGGACUACAUCAGCUAUAUCUUCACUGAAGGCGAGACGGUCGCUCGUGCCGUCUCUGAUCUCUGUCCUUUGCUCGCCGCCUCCAUCGUCCUCAAUGGCAUACAGCCUGUCUUAUCAGGUGUUGCUGUUGGCUGUGGAUGGCAAGCAUUUGUGGCAUACGUCAAUGUUGGCUGCUACUACAUAGUUGGUGUGCCAGCAGGUUGUCUCCUUGGCUUCAAAUUUGGCUUGGGAGUGAAGGGAAUAUGGUGCGGGUUGAUAGCUGGAACAGUCAACCAGACACUUAUUUUACUGGUGGUCACUUUCCGAACCGAUUGGAACAAAGAGGUGGAAGAAGCUAAGAAGAGAUUAGAUAAAUGGGAGGAGAAGGAGGAGCCCCUUCUAUCCUAGAUAGCAGCUACCUGUUG